AUGAGUCAUGAGGUUGUUACAGGAGUAACUUUCUCUGUAAUGUUUCAGCCUACUUUUGGAAUGACAGAAGUGUCAGGAGUGUUUGUUUCAAAACCUCAGGAUUCCUUGGAGAAAACAAUAGACACAGUUGGCCACAUAGUGGAUCACUGUGAGGUGAAAGUGGUGGACACAGAAGGACGUAUGGUUCCUAUGGGAACCCCUGGAGAGCUCUGGGUGCGAGGAUAUAGUGUCAUGUUGGGAUACUACUCUGAUGAAGAAAAGACUCGGGAAUUCAUUCGUCCAGACGGAUGGGCAAAAACAGGGGACCAGUUUGUGCUGCAGGAAGAUGGUUAUGCAAGAAUUGUAGGUCGAAUGAAGGAUGUGAUCAUUAGGAUUGGAGACAAAAUCUUCCCAUCUGAGAUUGAAGAGUUCUUUGAGACACAUCCUGACAUUAUGGAAGCUCAGAUUUCCCAGAUGUCCAGUCAAUAA